AUGUCAAUUGAAAAUUUAUGUGACAUGUCCAAUUCAAGGAAAUAUCGUGCUAUUAGUAAUUUUCCCACUGCUGGUAGUGUGGAUAUUACAAAUGAUGAUUCGCAUGUCUAUACUUUGGUUAUGAAAUAUUGUGGCGGAAUUGAUCAAACUAUUCUUAAUCAUGCCACAAAAUCAAUAAAUUGGGAUUCCUAUAUGGCCGACGAAGUGGUAGAUUAUGAAAGUCUAGCCAGGGAUAUAGCAAUGUUAUCAAAUUACGAUCCAAUGUUCAAUGACAUUGCGGGUAAAAUCCUGAUGAUAAAAAUUAAAUUAGAAACAUCAAACUCAUUUCGUCGUAACAUAACGAAACUUUAUAAUGAUGAGGUGAUAUCUAAAGAUUUUUUUAAUUUUGUUGAGGCACAUGAUGAUCAUGAAAUUUUACAGAAUAUGAUUGAUUCUGUUGAAGAUUUUAAUUUAGAAUAUACCGCACUUAACCUAGUUGCGGUAUUUAUCAAUCUUGAGUCUAAACAAAAUAUAUUUUCGGAUAUUAAGACUACAUUUCUUAGAUUAGUGAAAAGGGAGAUAAUAUUCGCAUCACCUGUGUUAUAUAAUGCAGGUACUGUUAAAUCUCAGAUUGCAAGUUGCUUCUUAAUGUCUUUAAGAGAUAAUCACAAAGAUAGCAUUAUGGAAACACUUGAUAACGCUUCAAAAAUAGCAAAUGCCACAGGUGGCAUAUCAAUAGCACUUCACGGGAUCAGUGAUAAAUUUUCCAUGGUAGAAACACUCGGAUUGAUAAAUGAAAUGGCAGAUAAAAGAUAUGAUGAAAGUAGACGUAAACCUUCGUUUGCGGUUUAUCUUGAAAUUUAUCAUAAGGAUGUAUUGACAUUCAUUGAUGCCAGGUUAGACGGGGGUGAUUCAUCCAAGAGAUUUACUUCAUUAUUUUAUGGAUUAUGGGUAUCAGAUUUAUUUAUGGAGAGGGCAGCUUUUAACCAGAGCUGGAGUCUAUUUUGUCCUGAUAAACUCAAAGAAAAGGGGAUUGAAUUACAUAAAUUAUAUGGAUCUGAUUUCAAAAAAGUUUAUGAAAAAUGUGAGAAGGAAGGGCUGUUUGACAGUCAGAUAAAUGCGACCGAAUUAUUGACUAGAAUAUCUAAUAAUACUCUUAGCGGUGGAGGUCUUUAUGUUAUGUAUAAAGAUUCAUGCAACAAAUAUUCAAAUCAACAAAAUCUUGGUACUAUUGUUUCUAGCAAUCUCUGUGCUGAAAUAAUUCAAUUUUCUAGUCUUAAUGAAACAGCCACAUGUAACUUAGCCAGUGUAUCUUUGGGUAGAUUAGUAGAAAAUGGUAAUUUUAAUUAUGUCAAAUUACAGCAAAUCGUAUCACAUUUAGUAAAUGAUAUGAAUAAGUUGAUUGAUAUUAACGAUUAUCCGACAGGUGACACUAGAUUAUCGAAUUUAAGACAUCGACCUAUGGGCAUAGGGGUCACGGGAUUAGCAGAUGCCUUUUUUGAGGCUGGUAUACAUUGGGACUCUAGAGAGGCAAAGGAAAUGAAUUCGAAAAUUUUUCAGACGAUGUAUUUUUCUGCUCUGAACGCAUCAUGUAAUAUAUCAUGCAGUCUUGGAAAAAAAUAUUCAUCUUAUGAGGGAUCACCUAUUUCAAAGGGUAAAUUACAUUUUGAUUUAAUGGGUCGAUCUGUAGAUAGUUCUUUGUGUAAGUGGGGUCAAUUACGCACCAAGAUUAAAAAUUAUGGUGUAUUCAAUUCGUUAUUUAUUGCGUUAAUGCCCACCGCAUCAACUUCAUUAUUGGUUAAUAUGAAUGAAUCCAUCGAACCUAUCACAUCAAAUAUAUAUUCACGAAAUACGCAACAUGGCCAGAUGUUGAUAGUAAAUAGAUACUUGGUUGCCGAAUUGAAAAAGAUGGGACUAUGGGAUCUAGAUAUGAUAAACAUGCUGAAUAUUGGGAAAGGCAGUGUCCAAUCUAUAGCAAGAGUUCCUGAUAACCUUAAACAAAAAUAUAAAACUGCGUAUGAAAUAUCAAUAAAAAGAAUAGUUGAGUUAGCUAUCGACCGACAAAAAUUUAUCGAUCAAUCACAAAGUCUUAAUUUAUUCACAUCAAAUAUAGAUGAUUUAGUAACGCGUUAUAUUCAGGUUGCAUUUGCCAAGGAUGUUUUCAUUAAUCAAGAACGAAAGUUAGGGGAUCGAAGACGAUCAGAUACCGUCUGUUUGGGUUCCGGGGGGAGUAUGGUCGCAAGGCUGAAACUUAAAGGAAUUGACGGAAGGGCACCACCAGGGCUCUUUCUUGAUUCUAUGGGUGGUGGUGCAUGGCCGUUCUUAGUUGGUGGAAGCAUUGCAACUAUUGCUCUUCAACGAGGAAUCCCUAGUAAGCGUGAGUCAUCAGCUCACGUUGAUUACGUCCCUGCCCUUUGUACACACCGCCCGUCGCUACUACCGAUUGAAUGGCUUAGUGAGACCCUCGGAUCGACGCGUGGAAACCUUCACGGGUAUCUACUUGUUGAGAAGUUGGUCAAACUUGGUCAUUUAGAGGAAGUAAAAGUCGUAACAAGGUUUCCGUAG